UGCUGCCUAGUUUCAGUUUUCGUCAGCACUGUAAUUUCAAAGAAGAUCUACAAAAAUGUCGGAACAACGUCAUUUUUUUGUCGGCGGCAAUUGGAAAAUGAAUGGGACGUACGCCAGCAUUGACGAAAUUCUCAAAUUUUUGAACGGGGACAACUUAGAUCCCAAAACCGAAAUUGUGGUUGCACCGCCAUCUUUAUAUUUAUCCUAUGUUCGUGGUAAGCUGAACAAAAAUAUUUCUGUUGCCGCUCAAAAUGCAUACAAAGUUGAGAAAGGAGCUUUCACUGGGGACAUAAGUCCUACCCAGAUAAAAGAUGUUGGAGGUGAUUGGGUUAUUCUUGGUCACUCAGAGAGGCGACAUGUUUUCAAGGAGCCCAACGAGCUGAUUGGUGAGAAAGUAGGUCAUGCACUGUCGGCUGGUUUGAAGUUGAUUCCGUGCAUCGGGGAAAAGUUAGAGGAACGUGAAGCCAACAAAACUGAGGAGGUGUGCUUCUGCCAGAUGAAAGCAAUUGCUGAGAAUGUAAAAGACAUAAACGAUUGGAAGCGCAUAGUCAUAGCCUACGAACCCGUCUGGGCCAUUGGGACGGGCAAGGUGGCCACGCCCCAGCAAGCCCAAGAGGCCCACCACAGUGUUAGGCAGUGGAUCAGCAAAAAUGUCAGUCCAGAUGUGGCUAAGUGUGUCAGGAUUAUUUAUGGAGGUUCAGUGACAGCAGGAAACUGCAGAGAACUUGCUCAGCAACCGGAUGUUGAUGGGUUCUUGGUUGGUGGAGCCUCACUGAAGUCAGAAUUCGUUGACAUCAUCAACGCUAGGAAAUAAAUGGAAAUUAAAAUGGAGAUCAUUUUAUUUCAAAUUUUUUUCAUCAAUAUUUUGCACUUACUUGGCAAUGAUAAUGGCGAUUUUUCAAACAAAUUAACGUUAUUUACCUGGUUGUAUUGCUGAUUUUUGUUUUGGCUCAUAUUAAAAGCGAAAUAUAUAAAUAAAUAUACUGUGCUCAACCUAGUAAUUUUGAGUGAAAGGCUUAAAAAAGGCAGAAUUUAUCGGACUAGCGGUGUUUUUGAAUUUUGAAAAUAAAUUUUGACGUGUGUAUGUUUAUACAUACGGUUAUGAACCAAAUCAAACCAUAAACCCAUUAACAUUGGCUGUUAAGAAUAACAAGAAAUAGUUAUAGAAAAUAAUAUGAAUAGUUAUAAAAGUAAUAAUAAUAAAAUAAUAGCAAGAGUAACGAAAAUAACUGUGUUAAAUAAAUAUAUGAUUCAUCAAGUUGUUCACAGCAAAUAAAUAAGUUAUUUCUCGUGUUGACGGUCAGACGAAAUGAUGAUUGCUACCAAAUUAAAACAGUGAUGAUAAUAUUUAUUAUCGUUGGGAUUGCGUCAUCAUUAUGAGUGAAUGAAUGAGUGAUUGAGUAGAUAGAUGAAUGAAUAAUUGAUGAUAAUAAAAUAAUGGUAAUUAUUAUGUUAAAGAGAUAUGAUGCUAUAGCUAUGUUAGAAAUAUUUAUGAUUCAUACAAUAACAUCCAUAGCAUUGGCAAUAAUGGUGUUUCAUGUGAUGAUGAAUAUAAAGUUUUAAUGAUAUAUUAACAAAUCACGAUCUAUCUAUCUACAAAUAACAAUGUACAUAGAUACAAACAAAGUACACACAUAUAUACAUGAAUUUUAAAUACAUAGAUACAUGCACGCAGAUUCAUCACUCACACAUACAAACCACAUAUAUAAUACACACAUACCACACGCAAAAUACACACACAUACGUUCAAAAACAAAUGGAAUCAUUUAAGUUCAACUAAAGUCAAAUCAUAUUCUGGUCGCCUGUUGUAUAAAUAUUAUGAUUGGCUGGCUAAAAAUUAUGUAAGCAGGUCAAUCAAAGUUG